AUGCCUUGCGAACAGUCCAUUGCUUCGGCAAAAGCUACCUUUGUCUCGAAAGUUUCGGAAGGAAUCACAGCCUUGAUGACCUGCGGUUACAGUCGCGAACGAGCUACCAAUGCCCUCGUGCGUGAGCUAAACCGUGGAGAUUCUUCUGCCAGACCAACGGAUGAAGAGGUUUUUGAUACCAUGAGACGGUACCAUAUCGGUAGUGAAGACGCCACAAAAGCACUUACAGUUAGCAAAGCCAUGAGACGAGCACUCCAAUUAUCGGAAAGUCCAGCACACGCAAUUGAAAACUUGUCUCAAAAGAUCUCCAUGUCCACAUUAUUGUAUGAUUCAUGUGACGAAGACGUUGAAUCGCCCAUUCGACCCGAGCUUCGUGUGGAGCCUGUGGUAUCCACUCGAAAACUCCGAAGAUCAUCCAGAUCCACACGAUCCAAAGCCGGACGCAAGCGAUUGAUUGACGAGAUGGUUCCAAUUGCCGAAGGAAAGAAAAACAUCAAUAAGAAGGAGUCUCGUGGUAGAUCAGACUCGGUCGCUGAAGAGGUUGCCGAGAAGAUUAGUGUUGAGGCUAGCAAUACUGAUACACCACUUCGAACACCUGUUGUCCGAGGGAAGCGUGGUAUCCGUUCGGAGGAUGUUGAUACGCAAGGACACAAGCGAAUGCGCGUCAGUGAUGGCUGCUGA